GGAGGGGGCGGGGCGGCGAGGCGGGGUAUAUAGCCCGGCAGCCCGCCGCCUCGUAGUUUGGCCGGGUCGGAGUUGCAGUAGCUGAUUGCUUGCUCGCCUGACUCUGUCCUUCCCUUCGCCGCGGUCCGUCGAGACAGAAUCUCACUCUGUCGCCCUUGGUAGAGUGCGGUGGCGUCACAGCUCAUAGCAACCUCAGCUCCUGGGUCCAGGCGAUUCUCUUGCCUCAGCCUCCGGAGUAGCUGGGACUACAGGCGCCCGCCACAACGCCAGGCUGUUUUUUGUUGCAGUUUGGUUGGGGCCGGGUUUGAACUCGCCACCCUAGGUGCAUGGGGCCGGCGCCCUACUCAUUGGGCCACAGGCGCCUCCCGCUUUAGUUAUUUCUUGGCCUGCCUGGAUGGUUGUGGAGAAACGAUUUCCAUUUGUCCCGCCGGCACAUUAAAGUGAAACACUCUAGAAAAUCGCCCGAAGGCAGAAUUUUAAGGGGGACGCAGUGACGGGAAAAGGAGACUGGCGCCUGACCCUGGCCUCCAGGGCGGUUCUCACUUUUAGAGUGCAGAGUUGGGACCCUGGUGGCGGGAGGGACACUGCUGCCUGGUCCUUCCCUGCGGCUCUGCGGCAGGCGUUUCGUGCGGGUUGGGUUGUUGGAGAUAUUAAGGGAACAUAUAAACGCUUGCUAGAAUGUUUCUCAAUUUCUUGGAGCACCUCCUAACCCCUGUGCUUAGUCUCCCCUAAGCUAAGAAGCGCAGAAGAAUACACCAGGUCAUCUAGAAUUUUUCUCAACUUGAAAUAAGCAUUUGUUUCGGUUGGGGAAUGAAUCACGGAAACUCUUACGCCGGUGUCCUGAAAUAAGUUUCUCUUCCGCAGAUACCUGCUUUCUCCAGUAAGAAAAAUGGCAUCUGUUGCAGUUGAUCCACAGCUGAGCGUAGUGACUAGGGUGGCCAACCUACCCUUGGUGAGCUCUACCUAUGACCUCAUGUUCUCCGCUUACGUCAGUACAAAGGAUCAGUAUCCCUACCUGAAGUCUGUGUGUGAGAUGGCAGAGAAGGGCAUGAAAACCAUUACCUCGGUGGCCAUGAUGAGUGCUCAGCCCAUCUUCCAGAAGCUAGAGCCACAGAUUGCAGUUGCCAAUACCUAUGCCUGUAAAGGGCUGGACAGAAUUGAGGAGAGACUGCCUAUCCUGAAUCAGCCAUCAACUCAGGUUGUUGCCAAUGCCAAAGGUGCAGUGACUGGGGUGAAGCAUGCUGUGACAACUUCUGUGUCCGGGGCCAAGGAUUCCAUGGCCAGCACAAUCACAGGGGUGAUGGAUAAGACCAAAGGAGCAGUGACUGGCAGUGUGGAGAAGACCAAGUCUGUUGUCAAUGGCAGCAUCAACACGGUCUUGGGAAGUCGGGUGAUGCAGCUUGUGAACAUUGGGGUAGAAAAUGCGCUCACCAAAUCAGAGCUUCUGGUAGACCAGUACCUCCCUCUCACUGAAGAAGAGCUAGAAAAAGAGGCAAAAAAAGUUGAAGGAUUUGAUGUAGUUCAGAAGCCAAGUUACUACGUUAGACUAGGAUCCCUGUCUACCAAGCUGCGCUCACGUGCCUACCUGCAGGCUCUCAGCAGGGUUAAAGAAGCUAAGGAAAAAAGUCAGGAGACUAUUUCCCAGCUCCAUUCUACUGUUCACCUGAUUGAAUUUGCCAGAAAAAAUGUGAAUAGUGCCAACCAGAAAAUUCAGGAUGCUCAGGACAAGCUCGCUCUCUCAUGGGUGGAGUGGAAGAGAAGCCUUGGGCAUGAUGACACCGACGAAUCCCACUGUACAGAGCAAAUUGAAUCACGUACUCUUGCUAUUGCCCGAAACCUGACUCAGCAGCUCCAGACCACAUGCCACACCCUCCUGUCCAGCAUCCAAGGGUUACCACAGAACAUCCAAGAUCAAGCCAACCACUUGGGGGUGAUGGCAGGCGACAUCUACUCAGUGUUCCACAAUGCCACCUCCUUUAAGGAAGUGUCUGACAGCCUCCUCACGUCUAACAAGGGGCAGCUGCAGAAAAUGAAGGAAUCCUUAGAAGAUGUGAUGGAUUAUCUUGUUAACAACACACCCCUCAACUGGCUGGUAGGUCCCUUUCAUCCUCAGCUGACUGAGUCUCAGAAUGCCCAGAACCAAGGUGCAGAGAUGGACAAGACCAGCCAGGAAGCCCAGCUAUCUGAGCAAAAACAACCCAUUAAAUCUUCCCUUGUCACCAGUGUAUGAUGCAGCCAGCCAGAUGGCACCUUGUGUUACAUGGGAAUCAACCUGCUAGGCGACUCUAAAUGGGGAAGUAGCUAGCUAGGAAAAAAGGCCCUCAGUUGUAGUUAUUUCCAGAUGAAUUGAGAGAAUUAGCAGAUGGAUUCUGUUGACUUGGCAGAGAGAGUGGUAGGCUUGUCAGAGCCUAGCCAGAACUCGCAAAAAAUUCAAGUGCACUUAUGGUCUCAUUUUGUGGCCAUUGUAUUGCCACUGUUAACUUUUUGCAUCGAAUAAAAACACCUUCAUGUGGGCGGUUGUCUGCGUGGUAUGGUCUGAGCAGACUUCAUCUCUGGUUUAUCCUCAUGAUGCUUGGUUGUACAACUUGAGUUUCCUGUUUCUCCUAAAGGAAGACCAUCUUUGAAUUCAAUAAACUUCACUGCAGAAUAGAU